ACUUUUCCUUUUUCCCACACAAACACACCCACAUCCUCCCUCCAUGCAGCCUCUCUGCUCCGCUCAGUCCGCUCCGUCUGGAUACUGUAGCAGCUCAAACCUUUUCCCUCUUUAAAACAAUGUGCCCGACUUGGGAAUAACAUCCGUGCGCUUCUGCUUUUAACCACAUCUCUGUCAACACCGCGCCAUCAUUGGAAGUACUUUCCAAAAGAGCUGAGUAGGAGGCCGCUGCCGCCACAGGCAUGAGUUUGGUGGAUGUGAGGCAGAUAGCGGGGUCUCUGACCCUGCCCCUGUCCAGCAACGACUCCAAGGAGCGCUACCUUGACCGCGGGGAUGACAGCGACAGGAGUAGGACCCUGUCGCCAGACCUCAGGCAGGACUUCAACAUGAUGGAGCAGAAGAAACGUGUCACCCAGAUCCUGCAGAGUCCAGUGUUUAAAGACGAGUUGGAAGGUCUGAUCCAGGACCAAUUGACAAAGGGCAACAACCCAUCAGGCCUCCUGGCUCUGAGACAGAUCGCUGACCUAGUCAUGGCCAGCACAGUGGGCGGGGCUGGCCCAUUGACGUCUCCCAUCAGUUUGGGGAUGGUGACUCCAGUCAAUGACUUGUAUGGCAUCGAGUCUCCCGCCUUUGCCAAAGGGGAGAAGCAGAUUCGCUCCAAGCUGGCCAGCCUCUACAGGCUUGUUGACCUGUUUAGUUGGGCUCGUUUUACAAGCUCCUACAUCACGGUGCGCGUGAGCAAAGAGCAGGACCAUGUUCUGAUCAGUCCACGAGGCCUGUCGUUUGCUGAGGUGACAGCAGCAAACUUGGUGAAAGUGAACAUCAUUGGUGAGGUUGUGGACCAGGGUUCUACUGAACUGAGCAUCGACCAUUUUGGAUUUGCUCCACACGCUGCCAUUUACUCAAUGCGGCCCGAUGUGAGAUGUAUCAUCCACAUACACACAUCCGCUACAGCUGCUGUGUCCUCGAUGAAGUGUGGAAUCCUGCCCAUUUCCCAGGAGGCUUUGCUUCUGGGAGACGUGAGCUCCUUCGGUUACCAUGGCAGCCUGGAUAAUAAAGAGGAGAAGGUGGAGUUUCAGAAAGCUUUGGGCCCAACUGCCAAGGUGAUGAUCCUGAGGAACCACGGGCUUCUGGCUUUAGGAGAAACUGUAGAAGAAGCUUUUCACUAUGUGUACCACUCCCAGCAAGCCUGUGAAAUCCAGGUGAAUGUCCUGAGGUGUUCGAGCGACGUGAACGGACUUGUGCUCCUGGACAGGGAGAAGUUCAAACCGCUGACCCAAGGAGUGGCCGCUACCGGGGUGGUGGUGGACAACGAGGUCAAGUGGAAAGUAGGCGAGGCCGAGUUCGAGUCUCUCAUGAGGAUGCUGGACAACCUGGGAUACAGAACAGGCCACGCUUAUCGGAACCCAAUUGUCCGUGAGAAACCUCGUUCUAAGAACGAUGUGGAGAUCCCUGCCACGGUGUCUGCUCUGCCGGUGGAGGACAGUGAUUCGGGUCUGCACAGCCCCUUAAAGUUUAUGGUGCCGAAACAGCAGAGGGAAAGGACUCGGUGGCUCACCUCACCCAACAGCUACUUGAAGGUCAAUGUACCCGAACGCUCUCCCAGCGGGGAAGUCAGCCCCAGGACCAAAAUCACAUGGAUGAAGUCCUCACAACCGGGCAACAGCAUGGGCACCCCAAUAAAAAUUGAGGACCCAAACCAGUUUGUCCCGCUGAACACCAAUCCUUCUGAGGUUCUGAGUAAGAGAAACCGGAUCAAAGAACAGCACAGAGGAGAUCAGAUGACUGCAGGACCAAAGUCACAGUUACUGGCCGGCAUUGUCGUGGAUACCAUACCAGGACCAGCUUUCAUCUAUGAAGAUGAGGACAAAGCCCGCUCACUUCCCCCCAACCCCUUCAAUGAGCUCACAGAGAAGGUCCUGCAAGAGUACAAGAGCUUGGUGGAGAGAAAACGGCAAGGCCAAGAAGCGGAUGAUGAUGAUGAUGCUACAGAUGCCGAUGAGAUGACAACGUUUGACGGCUCUACCAUAUCCCUCUCGCUCUCUCCCAUAAUGACACCAGCUAAAGAUGAGACACUACCCAACGGGAAGGACCACUUGUCAGAGACGGAAGAGGACCUGAGCAUCGAGGUGUCCAAGCUGAGCGUGAGCACCUCUGAAACUGUUGAAAUCUCCAUGACGACAAAGGAGAAGACGGGGGAGCCUCAGACCCCUGAGAGCCAAACCAAGUCCCCCAAGAAAAAGAAAAACAAGUUCCGCACACCUUCAUUCUUGAAAAAGAGCAAGAAAAAGAAGGAAGAGAAGGAAAAAACAGAAGCUUGAGUAUCUUAGGUGUGUUCUUGCUGUGUCUUUGUAAAUCCAUGCUUUCGUUCUUUUUUAAACACAGAAACAGUUUUGUUUACCUGUUUGUAGCUACGGUUUCGCCGACAGCUGCCGGCGUCAGCCUGAAGAAGCCGGCAGCUGUCGGCGAAACCGUAGCUACAAACAGGUAAACAAAACUGUUUCUGUGUUUAAAAAAGAACGAAAGCAUGGAGAAGCUUGAGUGUUUUUUUUUCUCUAUAGUCUGAAUCUAUACACCUGAAUCGCCCUGUUUAGUGUGUUUGUGCUAAAGGGAAGUGAAAUAAGAUAAGUCAGGCUAGGUCUCGUCGUAUACUUUCAGGAAGUGUGAUCAAAUGGACAGAGGAUCGACGAUUGGGAGCUGAAAUCAGAUCAAACCUGAAUGCAGACUGCAUUCCUGUCAGCAUCACCCAUGUUUUUAAUGGGACCGGGCUUAGGAAUUCACAUGGAAAACAUUUACAUACUUGUUUAUUUUAAUCAUCAUUGCACAGGUUGUCGAAUGUAAACUUAGAUUCAGAUUUUUCUUAUCACAUUAAAUUUAACAAUCAUAAAAUUGGUUUUAAAUUUAUGCUACAUUUAGCCUAAUAAAAAUUUGUAUCUGAACAUAAUCACAGAUAUACUUGUAAUAAUAUAUGUUAAUAGUACCUGUAUAACAAUAGAGUGUUUGAUAGUUGCAUAAAUGAAUUGAUUGUCUUCUACUAAACAUGCUGUGAUUAUUAAUAAUAACAGUUUGUUUUUACUCGCUGUUCCCUUGUUUGCUGCUUUGUUGUUGUGACGAGGAAUCGACUGUGAAUAACAGAGAGAGUUCAGCAAAGUCUUUGUAAUUUUGUUAAUGAGAGAAAAUUAAUCAUAAUUGUUUUGGGAUGGCUAAGUGCCAUGUUGGUUGAAUGUGAUGGAGGUUUUGGAGCCGCUUUGUCUCUGAAAGCUUUAGUUAUUUUUUAUUUUAUCUGGGUCACUUUUAAAGUUUGAUAAAGGACCAGAUAUUUGCAUCCCGGUCAACAAUGUGAAUGAUUGGUUUGAACCCAAAGGGAGCAAACUUUUUGUAAAUAAGUUUGUUUUUGUGACGUCCUUUUGUCAUGCUAAACCAAAUUUUAAUGAAAACUACGGCAGUACAGUCUAAUAUAGAUAUUUUAACAGUUUCUGUAUCAUAAGCUCCUUGUGUGUUUACAAGUUUUAUUCCUUUUUUACAUAUUUCCACCUGUUGUUUACAUUGCUGUUUAUCUCUCAUGGUUUUCCCAUAAUGACUUACAUUAAGUUGCUUCUAUGUCAGUCCUUUGAAACUUCCUUCUACUUGAAGUAAUAAAAGUUGAAGUAUAUUUGUGAUUGCAUCUAUUGAAUUAAUCUCACUUUGAUGCAUAGGAUGUCCAAAUGAGAACCUUUUUAAAACCACCUAUAUGAAAUAAAGCUUUUAUUAUAACUAAA